AUGACGGCUAGGAUUUUGGGUGGUGAUUUUAGGGUUUUGGGUGAGAAAGUGCAGGAUGAAAAUAUGGAGGAGAUUGGGGAGCAUGGGAGACCGGCCGGAGAUCCACCGGAUGCUCCAGACUCUUGGGUGAAGAAGGUAUUAGGGUGCAAUGAAGGAGGGAUGCCUGUACCGGAGGAGAUUGUGGACGAGUCUUUUGUGGAAUCAAAUCUGAAACUACAGUUCCUGAAUGGUGAGGAUGGAGAACCGGUGAUAACGAUUGGAGAGGAGGUUUUGAUUGCUAUGAAUGGUUUAUGGAAGAGAUAUAUGAUUGGUAAGGUCUUGGGGAGGAGUAUCCCAUUAUUGAGCUUAACGAGAAGGCUGAAGGAGCUAUGGAAACCUGCGGGAUCAAUGUUUGUGAUGGAUCUCCCGAAGAAUUUUUUCAUGGUUCGUUUUGGAGUAGAUGAGGAGUAUAUGAAUGCGCUAUCAGGUGGCCCAUGGAGGGCUUUUGGGAGUUACCUUAUGGUGCAAGCAUGGACGCCUGAGUUUGAUCCGCUGAGGGAUGAGAUAGUUACGACACCGGUUUGGGUUCGUUUAGCACAUAUCCCAGUUAAUUUUUAUCAUAAAACGAUACUGAUGGGGAUUGCCAAGGGGUUAGGAAAACCGAUUAAGGUUGACUGCACCACGCUAAAAGUCGAAAGAGCUAGAUUUGCGAGAAUUUGUGGUAUUUUCGCAGGAGAUGGGGAGCUAGACAGAAAUGAGAAAAAUUUUGGGCAUGUGUACGAUAAAAGCAACGCUCAGGAGAAACUUGCAGAGAUGGAGAAUCUGGAGUUGGAUGAGGCAGAAGCUAGUGCGAGCCAAGGACGAGAAAUCCUAGAGAGUGUGGUGGCAUAA